CUUCUUUCUCCCGCCUCUCCAUGUCAUUUCCUGUGAUAAAAAUGGUGGCCACCGCUCAGGAGGGCGACUGAGUCUCUGCAAACAUUCAGAGGCGAACUUUGCAGCCGCAGCCGCAGCGGUCGGACGAGGGGGAGGAAGGAGAGAGAGACUGAGCCCGGACAGAGGCUCAGUGUCCCGCAGCGCGGCGGCUUCAGAGGUCUGACACAUGGAUGAUGAUGUGGAUUUCUGUUGCCAUGGUUCCAUCAUGAGUGAGAACCCACCGGACCGCUGGUUCUGUGAGGACUGUCAGAAACACUUCCAGGAGGAGUGUCCGUCCCACGGGCCCCCGCUGUUCAUCCCUGAUACGCCGGUGGCCCCCGGAUCAGCCAACAAGGCGGCGCUGACGGUCCCGUCAGGCUUGGAGGUCUUCACCGAGGGAGGGGAGGUAGAUGUCCGCUGUGUGGCUGCAGUCUUCCCAAAGGGGGCGGUGUUUGGUCCGUAUCAGGGUGAGCUGCUGUCUGAGGAGGAAUCAACCAGCAGCUUCUCUUGGAUUAUUGUUGACUCAGACGCUUCGUCUCUGUCCAUCGAUGGCAGCGAUGACACCAAAGCCAACUGGAUGAGGUUUGUUCGUACAUCAUCAGAGGACAGCGAAAGGAACCUGACAGCUUUCCAGCACAGCAGAAACCUCUACUUCAGAGCCUGCAGGAGGCUGGAAGCCGGAGAGAAGCUGAGGGUUUGGUACAGCGACGACUACGUCCAGAAACUUCAGCGUGUGUCUCAAGACAGCAUCGAUCGCAACCUGGACGCAGAUCCUGAGAAGACGUUAGUCCUGCAAAAAGUCCAGGAGGAUCUGAAAUCUCCUGCGCUUCCCUCGGCUCUGCGGGGCAAACAGUGUAGCAGUAAACUGUCCAGUGAAGGACAGCCUCCAGCCAAGAAGAAGAAAAUCGACCUCAUAUUCAAAGGUGUUUUAGAGGCGUCUCUUGGGGACUCCAGUGAGUCCAGGUCUGGGUCUCACCUUCAUAGUGAGGGUCAUAAACCCUUUUUCCAGCCGGGAGCUGACACCUCUGACAGCUGUGUUGGCAUUCCCAACCAAACGGUGCCGAAGAUUGAGGAGAACCCGACCGGACAAGAGCCCUCCACCCCCUUCUGCCCCAACUGUGUCAGACUGAAGAAGAGGAUCAUGGAGCUGGAGGAGGAGCUGUCCCGUCUCAGGAACCAGCAGGGGAACUCGAUGGGACCGUCUAGUCCGCUCAUAUUGGAUCCACCACAUCCUGAACAGGCUCCCAUCGAGGAUUAUAUAGAUAUCGAGCCCUUGUCGCCCCCUCAGAUGGAUGAAGACGAGCAGGAAGUGGACUCGGCCGAUGAGUCAUUCCCAGCAGACCUCGUGGUUUCCCCAGAGGACUCGGCAAAGCCUCACCUUGGAGCAAACAGACGAACUCGCCGUUUCAAGAAGGAUUGGCUAAAGAAGUUUUGGUUUCUUCGCUACUCGCCGUCCCUGAAUGAAAUGUGGUGCCAUGUCUGCCGUCAGUACACCAUCCAGUCAUCUCGAACCUCGGCCUUCAUCGCCGGCUCCAAGCAGUUCAAGGUCCACACCAUCAAGCUGCACAGUCAAAGUAACAUUCACAAGAAGUGUCUGCAGCUCUACAAGCUGCAGAUGCAUCCGGAGAAGACGGAGGAGAUGUGCAAGAACAUGACGCUGCUGUUCAACGCGGCGUACCACCUGGCUCUGGAGGGACGGGCAUUCUCAGACUUCCGGCCUCUGGCUGAGCUACUGAAGAAAUGCGAGCUCAAAGUGGUGGAUCAGUACUUGAAUGAGGGACACUGUCAGAUUCUGGUCCACCACAUCGCUCGAGCUCUGAAGGAGGAGUUGGCUGAAAAGAUGCGUCUGUCUCCUUAUCUCAGCGUCAUUUUGGAUGCUCAACACGACGACCUUUUCUCAGACUUGGUGGCAGUUUAUGUCCAGUUCACCACCAGUGACUGUUCCCAACAAAUGGAGUUCCUGUCCUUGCAAAGACUGAGUGUGCCUAGUGCGGAUGGAUACCUCCAAGUUCUGGAUCGGGCCUUCAGUGUCCUGGGACUCCGGUUUCAGGACUCACUGGUUGUGGGUCUUGGAUUUGAUGGUACCCACAUCCCUUCAGGGAUAAGAUCAAGCCUGUACUUAUCUGUCCAAAAGACUUUUCCUUGGAUGCUUUGCCUUCCAGUCAUGAUCCAUCGACCUCAUCUGGAGGUUCUGGAUGCCAUCACUGGAAAGGAGCUCUCUUGUCUAGAGGAUCUGGAAAACAACCUGAAGCAGCUGCUGAGUUUCUACCGCUACUCUCCUCGCAUGAUGGCUGAACUGCGAUCCACUGCUCCGUCUCUGUCCGAAGAAACAGAGUUCCUGGGCGAUAUCCGAGCCGUACGGUGGAUCAUCGGAGAACCAAACGUCCUGAAUGCCCUCAUCAAAGAUUAUAGGGAGGUUUUGGCACACCUGAAGGAGAUCAGUAGCCAAACGCAGCGGGCUGAUGCUGCAGCCAUUGCCUACACACUACUCCAGUUCCUUAUGGACUAUCAGUCUAUGAAGCUCAUCUACUUCCUGUUGGAUAUCAUAGCGGUUCUCAACCGACUGGCCCUCAGCUUCCAAGGAGAGCAUCGGCUGGUGUCCCAGGUGGAAGCCAAGAUAGAGGACGUUAUCCAAGAGAUGGUCCAGUUGGGGAACUGUCCCGGUGGAUACCUGCAAGAGUUUGAGAAAAACUUUAAGGAGAGCUUUAACGGCGUUGCUUUGAAAAACCUCCACGUUGCAGAUUCCAAAUUUCAAGCCAUCAGGAAAAAAAUCUGCAGCAGGAGUCAGGGUGUCCUGAUUCAGAGGCUACACCUGCAGAGCCGUUCCUUCACCAAAGCCUGCAAGGUACUGGACCUGGACAGCUGGCCCAGCAACCAAAAAGACCUGCAGACUUUUGGUGAGGAGGAAAUCCAAAUCAUAUUCAACCACCUGGAGUCCAUUCCUUCUGCAGGUCAGGAAGGCAAGAUGGAGGGUAGGAGCAGUAUCCUGGUGGAAUGGAAGGACCUAAAGGCAGACUUCCUCAACAAGAAUGGUUUCAAAGACAUCCUCAUCCACAUCUCCAGGUCCAAGCAGCGUUUCCCACUCCUCAACAGGAUCGUCCAGGUUGUUGGGGUCCUUCCCAGCUCAACGGCCUGCUGUGAUAAAGGUCGUGGCGCACUGCAGAGGAUCUAUAAGAACAACCGCUCCCGUCUGACCCUGGAGCAGAUGAACGACUUUCUCACCGUGGCCGUUAACGGACCGCCCGUCGCCAGCUUUGAAGCAAAGCGAGCACUGGACAGCUGGUUUGAGGAAAAAUCUGGGAGCAGCAGCUCACUCUCAGCUGAGGUGUUGAACAAGAUGUCGGAUACCGAUCAGAAGUCAUUCCUGCAAAGUUUGGACAUCAAAGCAGAAUCCUUUUUAUGAUAUCUGAACGAGGA